AAGUUCAUUGCUAAUUACAAAAUUAGUGAAAAUAUUUACAUAAACUUUUUAAAAAUUAAAACAUUUUUAAAUAUUUAUCAACAGAUUUGUUAGAAUAAACUUUAAAUAUACAUAUAUAUAUAUAUAUCUAUAUUUUAAAUAAAAAAUAUCAUGAUUAAAUUAGUUACAAAUAUUUUAUAUUAUUAGCUUUAAUGAAUACAUUGUUAAUUUUCAUACAUGUAUUAUAUAGUUUGCUAAUGUUAACUCGUAGGACCAACACAUUAUAUUUUUGAACAUAAAUAUUUUAAUUAAAAUAAAUUAUAUAUAAAUUUAUUAGUUUAAUAUAAGUUUACCAUAUUUAGCUCAAUAUAAUAUUUUUCUUUUAAUACGAUUGAUUAUGAUGAUAUAAUAGAUAAAAAUAAGAUAAAUUUUUUAUUCUUCAUUUUAAAAGCGAUAACUAAAUAUAUUAAUGUAUAAUAGUAUUUCAAAAAUAAAUACGAAAUAAUUGAAAAUAUUUACAUAUAACUAUUCUAGAAAAAUCAUUUUAACUAUUUCUAAAAUAAACCUUUUAAGUAUCUAAUUAAUUUUUUAAUUAUAUUAAACUCAUGUACUAUUUGUAUUAAAUUUUUGAUGUUAAUCUAACAUAAUAUUUUCUAAUUAAAUUUAUUAUCUCUAACAUUUAAGAUUUGUUAAUUUAGAGUUUUGUACCACACUGUUAAAAAUAUGCUAUUAAUAUGAAUGAUCGGUCUACAAAUGCUAUUUUGAAAGUGAUUUAUUUUUUUGUUACUAAAUAUAGUGGUUGGUUUAGUUUUAUUUUUCAAUAAUAGAUGUAUAUGGCUGCUUUAUUUACAAAAACGAUAAUCAAUCUUAUUUUUAUAUAGACCAUAUUUACAUAUUAUUCAUUAAUGUAAUUGUUUGUUUUUUUAUCUUGUGCAAUUUUGAAAGUUUAAUAGGCAUCGUACCAAUUUAUUUCAUUAACAUAAAUGAUAGAUGAAUGAUUGAAAAAUUAUAUUUCACGUGAAUAUUUUAUUUUCAGUGUCUUUAUUAUCAAAUUUAGUUGUAGAUUUAAGUAUUAAUUAUAUAACAUGAUGAGAAUUGCAAAUAAAGUUUAACAUUGAAAAAUUCAUUGUAUAUAAUCCAAGAGUUUUGAGGUAAAAAAAGUCUAAAUCACCAAUAGACAACAUAAGAAACCUCAAAAAAACAUAGAUAAUAAAGAGAAAAUUCAUGUUUAAAAGGACAAAAACAAACAUAAUGUAUUACAAUUUCCAGUUUAAUAAUUUAAAUGAAGCAGACAUUUUAUAAAUUAAUUCCUUAAUAUAGAUUAAUCAGAUAGAUGAAUGAUUGAAAAAUUAUAUUUCAUGUGAAUAUUUUAUUUUCAGUGUCUUUAUUAUCAAAUUUAGUUGUAGAUUUAAGUAUUAAUUAUAUACCAUGAUGAGAAUUGCAAAUAAAGUUUAACAUUGAAAAAUUCAUUGUAUAUAAUCCAAGAGUUUUGGGGUAAAAAAGUCUAAAUCACCAAUAGACAACAUAAGAAACCUCAAAAAACAUAGAUAAUAAAGAGAAAAUUCAUGUUUAAAAGGACAAAAACAAACACAAUGUAUUACAAUUUCCAGUUUAAUAAUUUAAAUGAAGCAGACAUUUUAUAAAUUAAUUCCUUAAUAUAGAUUAAUCAGUCAAGUAUUAAAUUCAUAGAAAUAAUUCGAUCUGACAUAUAUGUAUGACCAAAACCUAAAAUAUGAUUAUAAUCAUAAGGAAAUUAAUAUGUAAGUUAAUACUAAAUUAAACAUAAUUUGUCUUUAAUAUUAUAUAAUCUAAGGUUUUAAUUAGUAUUCAUGUUUUAAUAAUAGAGAUAUCACUAAUAAUUUGAAACAAUAAAUUAAAUUACUGCAUGCAAACUAUAAAAAUGUUGGUUUUAAAAAUAUUAGUAAUAUAGUAAAUAUGAAAAUUAUAUACUACUAAUCAUGUAAAUCAAAUAUUUAUAUGUAUAAAAAUAAAAAUAAUCUUCCGCACGGUUGUGCGGAUUAAAAUUUAGUUUAUAUUUAAAAUGAAAAAAUAUAAAAAAAUAUUAUGAUUAAAGUAGUUCAAAGAUUCUAUGUAUUAUUAGUUUUAAUAAAGUACAUUUAAUAAAAUUUAUAAAUAAUUGUCUGAAUUAAAAAAAUGCACACAUGAAAAUAGUCACGAUUUCUAUUUUUUAUUUUUAGAAAAUAGUACAUAAUCGACCUAUGGUCAUGCUAGUUAAUUGAUGAUGUGUCAAUUUCAUUGGUUGGUGAGCUAUUUGACGUUUUACGUUAACUGUACAGUACCCCAAAUUCGUUUUGACUGCUAAGAUCGGAUCUCCUCCAUUCCAUUAUCACAUGUCACAUGCCAUUUCCAUAACAUAAGGCUCAUAUAUGAAUAUACCUCUUUUUUAUCCUUCUUUGUUAUGAUAUAAUUACUCAAUAUGUAACAAUCUACAUAUAUCAUUUUAUAUUAUAAAUUAUGUAUAAUGUAUAUAUUUUUAUUCUUAGUAAAUAAAUUAGCAUUUGACAGUUUGCUAUAUUCCAAAUAGCUUAAAAAUUAAAUGUCUCUUUUUCAAAAAAAAGAAGAAGUAAAUGUCUCGACUACGGCUCUCUAGUAGUUGGCACGUUAUAAAACGGAACGUGGAAUAUCACAUGCUUUUUUUCGUCCACCCUUAAAAGUAGCCUUAAAUAGUUCUCAUCUUUCUGUUAAAACUUGAAUAGUUUUUUUUUUUUUGGUAAAAAGAACUUGAAUAGUUCUCAUUGCUUAUCAUCACAUGUAAACCGUACAUAUCAUUUUUAAGAUCCUAUAUUUAUCUUGUACUUCAACGUGAUGUUGGAACUUAUUUCUGGAUAUGUUACGCUGACACUUUUUUUUUUGAAAAAGGUUUACUUAUGAUGGCACUUUUAGACUAGUUUCCUGCAAAUUCUUUUGUCCGAGCGACGGGAUCGUAUAAAUUGUAUAAGAUACUAAAAAUAGCGCAUGUCAUAUUAAAAACGAAGAUAUUGGAAAAUUUUUUAAAAUGAACAAAAAAUAUGUGCAAUUUUCCAUCUUACUAAAAGUAUUUUGCAAAUCUAUGUCAAAUUAAAAUCAUGUUCUCAAAUAUGAAGUGAGUAUAGCAAUGCCAAUUACUCUCAACAACCCAUAUUAUGAUCACAUGGAGAUUAUUGAGUACAUAAUAUUGUUUUGAAAUAAUAUCAUACGUCAGUACGUACGUCCCGUAGACUAAUAAUUCAUACAAUAAUAAAUUGUGCACAUAAAAGCCAUAAUUAGUUAAGUAUAUUAUCAUAUAUAACUUGGAAUCAAUUCACUAUACUUAUACACCGCAUAUAACGUGAUUAGUCAUAAAUUCACGGAUCGUCCGGUCAAAUACAUAAAAUACAUUUUCUCCUUAUAUAUACAGUUUUCUCAUUACUUCGCCCUAAGUCAUUAUAAUCACACAAAGCCAUCAAAAACUAAAAAAAAAAACUAAGAUGGCCAAUAACAUCUCUUUUCCUUGUACCAUCAUGUUAUUCUUCAUUGUUUUCUAUCUUAUCAACUCAUCAAACGCAAUGCCAUCGUUUAAUGUACAGAGAUACGGAGCUAGAGGUGAUGGGAGAACAGACGCGACCGAGCCAUUUUUGACAGCUUGGUCAUUAGCAUGUGAGUCACGGGCUCGAGCCAUGGUCUACAUUCCCCGAGGAACAUACUUGGUUAGAAACCUAGUCUUUUGGGGUCCUUGUAAGAAUAUUAUAACUUUCAAAAUCGAUGGAACACUCGUUGCUCCGGAAAACUACUGGAGUAUAGGUAGUUCUGGUUACUGGAUCCUAUUCGCUAAGGUAAACCGGAUCUCGGUUUACGGUGGAAUCCUUGAUGCUAGAGGAGCUGGUUAUUGGUCUUGUAGAAAGAAAGGUGGUCAUUGUCCUCAGGGUGCAAGGUCUAUCUCGUUUAGCUGGUGCGAUAAUGUUCUACUUAGCGGACUAACGUCGUUGAAUAGUCAGAAUAUUCACGUUACGGUUCAUCAUUCUUCUAAUGUUCGGAUUCAAAACAUAAGAAUCAGGGCUCCAAGUGGAAGUCCCAAUACUGACGGUAUUAUCGUCCAGGCUUCUUCUGGAGUCACCAUUAGUGGGGGAGUCAUCGGGACCGGUGAUGACUGCAUUGCUCUUAAUCCAGGAUCCAAGAACAUUUGGAUCGAACGUUUGAAUUGUGGACCCGGACAUGGAAUCAGCAUUGGGAGUCUUGGGGAAUACGCUAACGAGGAAGGUGUGCAGAAUAUCACCGUCACAAGCUCUAUUUUCACCAAGACGCAAAAUGGAGUCAGAAUAAAGAGUUGGGGUAGGCCGAGCAAUGGGUUUGUGAGGAAUGUGCAAUUCCGAAACUUGGUAAUGAGGAAUGUUGAAAAUCCAUUAAUCAUCGAUCAAAACUAUUGCCCUAGUAAAAAAGGCUGCCCUAAUCAGAGCUCUGGCGUGAAGAUAAGUGGAGUGACGUACGCAAACAUAAAGGGAACAUCAGCAACGCCAGUAGCUAUGAAACUGGAUUGUAGUGGAAGUAAUCAUUGCACAGGGAUUACAUUAAAAAACAUUAAUCUCAAGUACAUGAGAAGGUCAUCAGCUUCUUAUUGCAAGAACGCUCAUGGACGAGCCUCUGGCGUUAUGAUUCCAAGGAAUUGUAUGUGAUAUAUAUAAGAAGUCUAAGAUUUUAUCGUUGGGAUUAUAUUUUAUGAACCCUAAGAGUAAUUGUUGGAUGUAGAUAUGUGACAAAGAGAUGUUUAAUUCGUUUUGAUGUUUCAUAGCAACUUAAGAAUCAUCCGAAGUUAAAUGUGGUGAAUUCUUUCUAUGAAGGGAAAUAAAGAGAAACGAUCCAUUUGAUUAUUGGCUUAUCAUUGUGGUUGUACCAUUUUUGCUUUGCUUCAUAUUUUAUCUGAAAUAUAUGUGAAACCCGUUUUUUUAAUCGGAAACUGGCCAUUAAAUAAUUGGAGCUAAAGUAAUUAGUCAAACUAUGUCAGAUUUAUUAUUUGGGUUAAAAAAUGUUCCAUCUGACAAGAUCCAAGUGGCCUUUUAAAUAUAUACAGUCAAAUAAAUUUGAAUUACAAAGUGAUAGAGAUCUUUAAUUAGUUCUUUUUUUUUGUCACAGAGAUCUUUAGUUCUAGAUUCAAUAACUUAUGUACUAUAUGAAAAAAUAAUACAAAUAACUUUAGUUUUCACGGCAAAGAUCGGAUCUACUCCCUUCCAUUAGUACUAGUACACACUUGUUAAAUGCCAUUUACAUACCACAAGGCUCAUAUGUAUGAAUAUGUUUUGGUUUAACCUUUCAUUUUUUUACUCUGAUCUGAUUGCUAAGGAUGUUACAGUAUACAUAUAGCAUUUGUACCAUAAAUAUAUGAACUGGGACUAUUACAAUUUAUUCUCGUCACUUUUUUCUAAUCACAAAGUGUUUAAUUUGACCAUUAGUAUUCAAUAUUUAGUUGAAAUACUUUAUUAAGCACCUUGAGUUGUUAACAGAAAUCAGCAUUGCACUCAGUUGACCAAAAGUAUAUUUCUAUAAUAAUACAGUUAUACAGGUAAUGAAUAGUUGUGGAUUUUCGAAUACAUGUUUUGUCCGUCUGAGAUAUUUUUCAUAACCAAAUAAAAAGAGAGUGAAAAUAGGCAAAUAGCGCACGCCCACACACACAAAUUUGGUUGAUACCGUUAUAUAUAGUCAUAAUCAAAUUUCGUCGUCUGAGUGAGAUAUUUAUCUCACUUGAUUAAUUUUGCUGUUUUGUAACCUAAUAACGAUAACAUUAUCAGCCAUAUUUGACUUUAUAUUUUGACAAGAAAAAACUUGACAAAAA